UUUUAUUCAAAAUGGCGGAGAAGAAGAUAAACAAAUGUAUUGCUAAGCAGCACUUUUAGAAAAUACACUGGUUUUGAGCAAGAAAGCACACUUCUAGGAGGUAUUUCAUAUAAACUGAAGAAUUGAAGAAUGUCUGAUGAGGAAGAGUUCAGGAUUGGUGUGGGUGGACCAAUGGUUGUAGAGGUCAAAGGUCGAAGCAGGACCCCAGGCUCCUCAAGGUCGCCUCGACGACAUCAUAACGACUCUGACGAAUACUCUGAAGACGAGGGAUGGUCUGCCUCAGAAGAUAAUGAAAGUGACGACGAGUCCGUCGUUCCCACACACAGAAGUCAGAGAAUGUCACAACGAUCCCCUCGCAAAAAUGGCCGCUCCAAAAUUGACAUGACACCCCCUGACAAGAAGCUUAAAGUUGCUGAAAAGAAAGUUGUGAGAUUUACAGAGAAUGGCAAGGUGGAUAAAGUCAUCACAGAGCUUACCAAAUGUCUGGCUCUGAACCGGAUUCUGCAUGGAGCCGGACACUGGAAGCUGGCUCGUUGUCAUGCCAAUCUGGCAGAAGCCUAUCUGGAUCUGAAAAGUUAUGCAGUACAGGCAGAAUAUCACACAGAAAACGCCAAAUCCAUCAUGUUGAAUUCAGUGACUAGCUACACGACGGACCAGGAGAAAGCGGACAUCUAUGACGUUCUCUUCAAGAUCUACUACAUUCAGGGCCGGGCUAUGGCCGCAUUAAAGAAGUACAACGAAGCGGAUCAGAUGUUGGCCAAGACGGAAAAAGUGAUCGGCGAGCUGAACAAGCUGUCCUGUGUGGACGACAACCAGCUGGAUGAUUACGAGAUCAAGCUCACGCAAGCCACUGCAAGAUUACAAUGGAAACAGAAGAAGUAUGCAUUGGCUUCGUCUCAGUACGACAAACUCCUGAAGCUGAUGGAGGAUCGCUAUGGCGACGACUCCAUCCUUUUGAUCCCUGUGUAUCAGGAGUGUGGAAAAUUGGAACAGAGUAAAGGAAGAUACGCAAAUCAUGAGAGAGCCAUAGACAUGUUUCUUCAGGCACAUUCCAUCGCUGGCUCACAUUACAAGGAUGGCCAUGCCCAGUUGAUUGACACCUCCUUGGCCCUGGCCCAGGCAUACAGCAGUACAGGGGACGAAGAUGGUGAAGCUGCCGCUGAAAAAUACAUGAAUGAAAGUCUGGCGACUUGCCAAAUGAUUCACGGUCCGCACCACAAACAGACACUGUUGGUCCAAGAUGAACUAGCGCGGCUCUACAUCAGAACGGACAGGAACGCUGAAGCACUCAGCCUUCUCUCCUCCAGUGUGAAAGAUAAAUGCGAAGUUUAUGGUGACUACUCAGAAAAUGUGUCGGACACAUACAAAAUGAUGGCCUCCAUACACCUGUCCCAGGGCAAUAUCCCAAAAGCCCUGAAAACUUACAAAAAGUGUCAUGACAUCGAGUGUCUCGUUUUGGGGAAAGGUCACAAGAAGGCAAAGGAUACAGAGAGAACGAUUGAUAUCCUAAUGGCAACUCCUGGGAUUUCCAAUCAAGUUGUGUUGAGUAAAGGAGAUGAACUAAAGAAGAGACCAAAAUUUAACGCAAUUGUGAAAGGCAGCCAGAACCUUGGAGGAUGUAAAGCAGCUUUUGAUUGAAUGAAAAAAAUUAUUACCAGUACAAACCAUGACUAGUUAUCUAAUUAGCAUAACUUAUGUAAAUUAGUAUCAAUAUUUUUCUCUAUAUUAAGUCUUUGUUUAGACAGUGGAAAUUUACCAUGUAGUUAUCUGAUUCGCAUAAAAUAUGCAAGUUAGUAUUAAUACUAAUUUUCUUUUUUCAUAUUGUCUUAAUGAAAAUCCGCCAAGGAUAUUUAUAGUUCUUCUAUAGGAAACAAGGUACAUCAAAUCUUCAAAAAUGCUUUACAUGUAGUACGGUAUACAGGGAAAUAUUUGCCCCAUUAUAAUUUCGCCUCUGGGUGAAUUUCAAUGUCUCAAAUUAUUUCUCUUUUUAAUAAAGACAACUGUGUCUUGACGAAUUCAAUACAGAGUGAAGCUGCAAGUGUUAGACGGGUGAAAAUAACAUUAUUAUUCAUUAUUAUUAUUCAUUAAGAAAGAAACAUAUUUUACAGAAUUGUGCCAGUGUUUUAAAAAGUUAUACCAUUCAGAUUUAGUAACUGAUAAAUAUCCUGAAAAAUUAAAUAAUUAUUAUUUAUAAAUUUUAAUCAUGUACAUGACAUUGAGUGCAGCUUUUGUCAUUCUUCUAAUAAAAUGUUUUUA